GCUUAAAACCCUUUGAAGUAGUAACAAGGUCGCUUUAUGGUUCUACUCCCCCAACCUAUGUUAUCCUCUUGAAUACGAAAACUCAAUCAACUACACCCCACCCCACCUUGGAGAAUCCUCAAUAAUAUCUAUCUAUCUAUCAUCUUGGUGAUGGCGUCUUCUUCUUCAGCGCCUAAUUUCGGAGCCUUUGUCCAGAAGUUAGCUGAUGAAGCUGGAAAGUCAAAAACGUCCAAUGAUGUCAGCAAGGAAGCCGCUGCUGAAAUUGCCCAAGAAAAGGGUAACGCUGCUUUUAAAGCAAAAAGUUGGCAGAAGGCAAUUGGGUUUUAUACUGAUGCCAUCAAACUCAACAGCACCACUGCAACUUACUUUAGUAACCGAGCUGCCGCCUAUUUGGAAGUGGGAAGUUUCAUUCUAGCUGAAGCAGAUUGUACCAAAGCUAUCGAUCUUGAUAAAAAGAAUGUGAAGGCAUACGUAAGGAGAGGUACAGCACGGGAGAUGCUUGGAUCCUACAAAAAGGCAAUUGAAGAUUUCAGGUACGCACUUGUUCUAGAGCCAACCAAUAAAAGGGCAGCAGUGUCUGCAGACAGGCUAACAAAAUUAUUUCAGUAGAAUUUGGCUGAAACACGAUGCUUGUGGCAGCAGGCUUUUGAAUGAAACGGUGAAGUAAUCAUCGGCUGGUGGUUAUGAUGUAAUAUCAUAGGUUUAUUAUGUGAAAAAACACGUCUCCGGAAUAUGUAGUUGAGAAUGUUAUUUAUAUUUUGUAUGUUGUGAAGUAUAUAAACAAAACUAUAUAAAAACUAUAGUGUUAUUAUUUAUUUAUGAUAAACCUUAUAUGUA